UAGUUCGUACUGAACUAAAAGCAACUAUGAACUAUUAAAACCGUGCAAGACGAACUAGUUCAUGUCGGUCAGUGUCUGGAAUAUACUACUAAUAGUUCGUAGUUCCUGAAAUAGACAAGCCUAUUUGACAGUGACAUUUCUCUGUUCACAUUUUGGACAUCGCAAUGUGGUUCGUAAUUUUAGAAUAUUUGACAAAGCAUCAAACCGUCAAACACGACCGCAGACGAUAAAAAGUUUGACAAACACGUAUUUGACAAAAUAAUUAAUUGAUCGUUUACGGAGAGCAUAAUACUCUUUCUUUUCUAUGUUUUUCAUUAUCAGCUGAGGGCUGAGUGAGUUCGAACUGCUAUCGAAAAGAAAACAAAUGCUCUAAAGAUUAUACAAAUGUGUCUAUAAUAAAAAAGACUUUUCUUCUAUAAUUUCGCAAUAUAAUACAACAAGCAGGCAAUAAUUAUAAAAAUGUCUACAAAAGGCGCUAAGGUCGCGGAAUUAUUUACUAAAGCUAUGGCAACUACAAAAUGUUUCGACCAAAAUCUACGCCAGGUGAAAGUUGUGUGUUGUGCCCAAGGGAGGAUGGUCACGGAGUUCAAAGUGGGUCCAGAGCACCUCAACCAGCGCGGGAGCUUGCACGGCGGCUUCAUCGCUCUGCUCGUCGACGCUAUCUCCACAUAUGCACUUACAGCUAAUGAUAAAGUCGAGACCAGAGGACUAUCUAUAGACUUAAGUGUGACAUAUUUAAAUGCAGCUAAAGAAGGGGACAAGAUUGAAGUGGAGGCAGUAACCAGAAAAGUAGGCAGAAAAAUUGCAUUUCUUGAUGUUGAAUUGAGAAACAAAGAUACAAAUAAAGUGAUAGCUACAGGUAAACACACAAAAUAUGUAGGAGUAUGAAGAUGAUUUAUAUUUUUUAGUUUUGAUUUUGUUAUAGUAAUAUAUAUGUACAAUGUAUUUUCAAAUAGAUUUAUCUAAAUUUCUAUGGUAUUUCAAUUCAAAUUAUAAAUAAGUACUUACUGUCCUAUUGCACAUUGUUUGC